GCGCCGCCAUUGUUUGACAGGUCUCGUUGCUAACCGGAGGCUUUCCUGGUUACCCACUCAACAAGAACAACCGAGGGAAGCCCCCAAGUUUCGUCUCGGAUUUUAGGACGUGUUUCAGCGGCUCAGCGGGCCUGAAGGAGGACGGACGUCGACGCUAGAGCCCGGCUCAAAGAUGAAGCCAAGCCACUGCAGCGUCGCGUUUUCCAGAGUGAGGUGGCAUGGUGCUUGAGAGAAUCAGUUCUAUGACUGCAACAACACAGAUUUGCAACAAGACCGGAGAAGCUGAGAUCACACACAAUGGCGCUGCAUAUCUAGGAUGUACAAAGAAUACAGAUCAACCCGAGUCGCAGGACUCAACGCUCUGCCCUUUGAUCCAGCAUCCAACAACGACCCUCUCCAUUUCAACGGUUCCAGUGGGCAACUGGUGACAGAGUGUCCUCCUCUGGAGAACACUGCUGAGAAUAGCAAGAAGAGGAAGAGAGCCAGCCUGCCUCCAGAAGGGAUCUGUAACAUGACAAUGGACUCUAACUCCAUGACAAUGCCCAUGUCAGACCCCAACGCCUGGGCAACAGCCAUGAACAACCUGGGGAUGCCUCCUAUUGGAAUGACAGGCCAGCAACUCAUGCCAGAUUUUGAUCCCAACCUUGGAAUGAUGGCUGGAAUUACCCCCCUGAAUCCUAUGAUGCCUGGUCUUGGUAUGGUGCCCGCACCACUCUCUCAGGAUGUGCCACUUGUCAAGGAGAUCAUACACUGCAAGAGCUGCACCCUGUUCCCCCCCAACCCCAACCUUCCCCCUCCGGCCACGAGAGACCGUCCCCCGGGGUGUAAGACGGUGUUUGUCGGUGGGCUGCCCGAGAACGCCACAGAGCAGCUCAUCAUGGAGGUCUUUGGACAAUGUGGUGACAUCACCGCCAUACGCAAAAGCAAGAAAAACUUCUGCCAUAUCAGAUUUGCUGAAGAGUUUACUGUGGACAAAGCUCUCUUCCUGUCCGGUUACCGUGUACGCUUGGGCUCCAGCACAGACAAAAAAGACACCGGCCGUCUCCACGUGGACUUUGCACAGGCCAGAGACGACCUCUAUGAGUGGGAGUGUCGUCAGCGCAUGUUGGCCAGAGAGGAGAGGCACCGGCGCAAGAUGGAGGAGGAUCGCCUCCGGCCGCCAUCCCCUCCUCCAAUUGUACACUACUCCGAGCACGAGUGCAGCCAGCUGGGAGACAAGAUCAAAGACGACGGCAAGUUUCCUGAAGCAGUGCGAGUUCUCCUGACCUGGUUGGAACGAGGUGAAGUCAACCGCAGGAAUGCCAAUAACUUCUACUCCAUGAUCCAGUCCUCCAACGGCCACAUCCGCCGGCUGACGGGCGAGAAGAGUCAGCACGAAAAGGAGAUGGAAGAGGCCAAAGACAAGUUCAAGACCGCUCUGUCCGGCAUAGUGGUUCAAUUUGAACAGAUUGUGUCUGUAUUCCAAGCUGCUUCCAAACAAAAGGCAUGGGACCAUUUCUCCAAAGCUCAGCGCAAGAACCUGGACAUGUGGCGCAAACAAGCAGAGGAGAUUAGAAACAUGCACAACGAGCAGCUGAUGGGCAUCAGGCGAGAGGAGGAGAUGGAGAUGUCUGAUGAUGACAUGGAGGAUGCCCCAGACAGCAAGGACUCUGAGGACUCAGGUGUUUCCCAAGCAGAGGCCUUAAAGGAGGAGAAUGACUCCCUGCGCUGCCAGCUGGACGCCUACAGGAACGAGGUGGAGCUGCUCAAACAGGAACAGGGCAAGAACCAACCAAUCAGGAGUGAGGAGGACAACACACACUCUCAGCAACUCAGCUUCCUACAGCAAGCUCUGCAAGGCAUGCAGAAGCAACUGUUAAAAAUGAGGGAAGAAUUAAAACUGCGAGAGGCAGAGCUGGAGAAGAGUUUGGAAGACAAACAGCAGCUGAAGAACCAAGUCUUGAACCUGAAGGAAGGACUCCAAAACCUGCAAAACACUCACGCAAUCCAGCUGGAGAUGUCAAAGCAAGAUGACAGAGGCGGUGAGGAGAGUGCUAAUCAAACCAGUGAAGCCGCAGUUUCCACAGUGGUGUCCUGCAGUCAGGAGAAGGAAGGUCCUACAGAGAAGAAUCCACCGAGUCCCGUCCACUCCGAGAGAGAAGCUCUGCUAGUUGGGAUCAUUUCGACGUUCCUACACGUCCACCCGUUUGGAGCCAGCAUAGAGUACAUCUGUUCCUACCUGCAGCGUUUGGACACCAAGAUUAACCCCGGUGAGGUGGAGGCUCUUCUGUCUCGGCUGCCCUGUACCUUCAGACAGGAGCUGACUGGUGUCGGAGCCAGUCUGGAGAAACGCUGGAACUUCUGCGGCUUUCAAGGCAUAAAGAGCACAUAGACACUGCUGGGACAUGGAAGAGACGACAGACAGAAGAGGCAACGCAGGGACACUGUAGAGAUGUGAAAUACACAGUAUGAAGCCCAAAUAUCAAAGACUGUGGACUGUACCUGACUGUACAAGGACACAGAGACUGAGCACAGAUCUCAGAUCAAGAAGGAAUGUAACAUGAGCAUUUCAGGGACUCUGUGUAGGUGGCAGAGACGUAAAAAAAACACAACAUUUCCAUAGUUACAGGAAUGUUGACACCAAACCAUGGUGACAAAGUCUUCAUGAGCUUGAACUCUCCGUUCUUCAGUGUCUGCAAAAUAUUUUUAGACAUAACGACUCUCUGGGAGUCACAGAGGAGCACCGAUUCCUACAGUCACUGGAUUAUUAUGUAGUUAUCGCCCACAUGGGCAGGGCAUUGAGCUUUUAGAGCCGGCAGUUGGCUCUGUAUGGUGUCAGUGUGGGCCAGGACUACAGGGCUAACCAGGAGGCUUAUCAGGGUCUAACUGAACACUUUAAACCUCCGAACCCUUUGGCCUUCCUCUCUUCUCUUUUUGCUGUUCCUGGUUUGUAUCAUAGAUCAAAAAUGGAUAUAUUUCUUCAUUUUCUGUAAAGGCUGUUAACAGUUGCAUAGAAUCACUUGUUGUAAUACACUGUAAAUGCUUGGAUGAUAUUUUUGAUUAUAAAAAGACGUUUUGAGUAUAUAACAAA